CCGAGCCAUGGCGAAGAUUCACGUUGUUGUUGUCGUGGUCGUGUUUGUUUUGCUCGUUGUGCAUGCAAAUGGACGUAACGUUCCAGGUGGUGGUAGCGGAGAUGGGGAUGGAAUGGUAGACAUGGCUGUGGCACCGGUAGCGGGUCAGCCGAGCAGCAACGAUGUCGACCAAAAGAAUAUCUAUGGUGGGGUUGGAGGGUUUGCAGGGAUGGGUGGCUACAUUGGAGGAUUGUUUCCACAUCUUGGUGGGGUUGGUGUAAUUGGGAAGUACGGCGGAAUUGGUGGUGGGAUUGGGUUUGGUCACGGUGGCUUUGGAGGCGGAGUUGGCGGCGUUGGCGGCGUAGGUGGUGGAGUUGUGCCAUUUCCUUGAGCAAUGGUUAUGUUAUUAAUGUGUGUGUUUUGUUUGUGUGUUGGUUUAAUUUUCUAAAAUUUGUGGUAAUGUAGAAUCUUUUUUCCCUUAUAUUUGCAUUAUUUUCUGUU